AGCACCUGGGCAACUCAUAACACGUGCGGCUGCUGCUGUGCGUGGGGGGCCGGUGUAUAACAGUAUGAGGGGCUCAGGUCCCCGGGGCAGCGGGCUCGCCGGCCGCUGUUGUGUCCCAGAGUGACUGUAACCGGAUCUGAGUAUCUGUCGUUUGACGGGGGCAGUCAAUAUUCCUCAAAAUGGAGUUCGACCUUUUUCUAAUCAUGUGCAGAUGGUCACACUGAUACCAGGUGACGGCAUAGGGCCUGAGAUAUCCACCGCUGUCAUGAAGAUUUUCGAAGCAGCCAAAGCACCUAUCCAGUGGGAGGAGAGAAAUGUUACAGCCAUUAAAGGACCUGGCGGCAAGUGGAUGAUCCCUCCUGAAGCCAAAGAAUCUAUGGAUAAAAAUAAGAUGGGACUUAAAGGGCCUUUGAAGACACCAAUUGCUGCUGGACAUCCAUCCAUGAAUUUAUUACUUCGAAAAACCUUUGAUCUUUAUGCCAACGUGCGACCCUGUGUUACCAUAGAGGGCUACAAGACUCCUUACACAGAUGUGGACCUGGUUACCAUCCGGGAGAACACUGAGGGAGAAUAUAGUGGGAUUGAGCAUGUGAUUGUGGAAGGAGUAGUGCAGAGUAUUAAACUGAUAACCGAGCAAGCCAGCCACAGGAUUGCAGAGUUUGCCUUUGAGUAUGCAAGGAACAACCAAAGGAGCACAGUGACUGCAGUGCACAAAGCUAAUAUCAUGAGGAUGUCUGAUGGGCUUUUCCUGAAGAAAUGCAGAGAGGUUGCUGAAAACUACAAAGACAUAAAGUUUAAUGAAAUGUAUUUGGAUACAGUGUGUCUCAAUAUGGUCCAGGAUCCCACACAAUUUGAUGUGCUUGUUAUGCCAAACUUGUACGGGGACAUUUUGAGUGAUCUGUGUGCAGGUCUGAUUGGAGGUCUGGGGGUCACGCCAAGUGGAAAUAUUGGUGCUAACGGCGUUGCGAUCUUUGAGUCGGUUCACGGCACUGCCCCCGACAUUGCAGGGAAGGACUUGGCUAAUCCCACUGCAUUACUGCUGAGUGCUGUCUUGAUGCUGAGGCACAUGGGGCUGCAUGAACACGCCAGUAAAAUAGAGACGGCAUGCUUUAACACCAUCAAAUCUGGAAAGACUCUUACUAAAGACUUAGGAGGAAACUCCAAGUGCUCGGAUUUUACAAAUGAGAUCUGCCGUAGGAUACAGGACAGUGACUAAUCUAGUCACCAGCCAGCUGACAUCACACGCACACCCUAUCCUGACCCCAUUCAUCACAACCUAAUCUGCUCUCUGACAGCGAGGCAUGUGGGAAAUGUGCUGGAGAUCACUCUGAUGGUGAAACGAUCCAAAUAUUAUUCCCAGGUGGUACUGAAAUGAGUUUACUGCAGCAUAUCUUCCAAUCAGAUGAGAAUGAGAGACUUUAUACCUGCAUCUCACAUUCCUUGUUCAUCAAGUAGAGAAUAUGUGCGAAUAACAUUGACUGACUGUCUAAUGAUCAAGGUCUCCGAGUUCUUCACAUAUAUUACUGACCAGAUGAGUGCUUUAUUGGAUCCCUGCAGUAAUAGAAUAUAUUUAUGUAUGUAAAUCCGCUGUAACACACACUGAAGUACUUGGAAGAGGGAAACCGAAAGACAACCAAAAUGUCAAGGUUGGUGUAUUCUAGAAUUCCAUGUAACAUGCAUUAUAUUACUCCUGCAACAUUGCUUCACUCAAUCUUUUCUAUAGUCACAUCACUCCGUGUAGACACUGCAUAAGGUAUUAUUAUUUUAUAGAACCUCCAAGUUUUUCUAUAUACAACCCAGUUUCAUUUUACAUCCCCUUUUAUGUAUCAUCUAAAGUAGGAUAAAUACGACUCUAACUCUAGAAUUAUGGUAUAUGUGACGCAACAAAUUACUGCUCUUGCCACCAGAGGGUGCUGCAGCACAUUAUUCCACUGUGAGAAAAAGCACAGUCCAAAUCAGAGGCCUCCCAUAUCAAUGUCUUGUCUUGCCUUACUCUUUGUUUCGGGAACUUUAUUUAUUAUAAUUCUGUGAGUAUAUACAAGCUGUACUUCCUGUGAACUAUUUGCUGCUCUGCGUUUCUAUUGCACUUGUUUUUUUUAUGCCUAUUCAUUAAAUGUGUGAUAUGUUCCAAAGAGCCCUCUGAAUGUAUGCUGUCUACUGCAGACUACAGUUGUGGUGGGCGUGAGAAGUGAGGUUUACAAUUAUUCUUUACGUUUGCAAAUUCGGCUUUGGCAUUAUGUAUAAAACCGCUUGGAUUUUACUACAGAUGUGUCUGAAGUAAAUAAAAUAAUUUCUAGUGCA